CGAUUAAACCACCAUUCCAGUCGGCUGGGAAUAGGCGCGGACUAAUAAAAUGAAAUUGUAUGUUUAGCACGGAGCUGACCAAAUCGUAUUAGAUAGAUUUACAAAAUGGCUGCGCUCACCAACAAAGUGUUGAGGUCACAAGUGAUAUUUUGGAGUUCAGUACGACCUGUGUUGGCUAGUCAGAAAUUAGACAUUGGUGGUGUAGAUGGCAGACAGCCUUCUAGAGGUUUUCCAACAUCCAAACAUUGGUUGAUAAAAUGGCGAUUGCUAAGAAGCAAAAAAGUUUUACAAAUUGAGUUGCCGAAAUUUGUGGAACUCAAAAGUGAAAAAAAGAAUCGGGAGGAUAAAACUCCAGAUGAACUUCGAAUGGAAAUGAAAAAAGAAGGGAGACUUCCACCAAGAACUUUUCAAGAACUUCCCCUGAAUAUUUCUUGCACACGUUCCGUCAUGGAGCCCUUCAAGCCUCCAGAAGGGGAUGGCAAACACUCAUCUCUGCUAUCAUCACAUCUCUCAGACACUGUAUCUCGUAUGUUAAAAGGUCCAAAAUCACUCAAUCAUAUAAGAAAGUUGAAAAAAUUUGAAAACUUUAAUGAAUCAGAAUUUGCACUAGAGGCUCAGAAUAUUGUCAUUGAAGCUCAGAUGCUGCUGCAAGAUAUUUUCAAGAAUCAGGAGAGGUUGCAUGAAUUAGUCACAGAAAAGGCAUUUCCGGAAAUGGUGCAUGGCCUAGAAUAUAAAACAAUGGUCUGGUCAUUGGUUGAAACAGUGGAACCUCCAAAAGUUGUUCAUGUGCGCACAGAGACCAUGAUCACAGACGACAAUGUUUUCUCCCAAGUCACUGUACGCUUGCACACCAAACAGAUUUUAGCUAUUUAUGAUCGAUUUGGUCGACUAAUGUACGGGGACCCAAUUUUACCUAAGUCAGUUGUGGAAUAUGUAAUUAUGGAAAAAUGGAUAUCUGACACAUAUGGCAGGUGGCGUAUUCAUGGAAAGAUCUUGCCUGAUUCUGCGACACCUCGAGACAAUCUUAUCAAGACUUACAAGGUCCCUAAGUUCUCUCCCCUGCCACCAGCAGAAAUCAAUAAAGAAACCACUAAGGAAACAAAAGUUGAUAAAGUGGACACGCCAGAGUUGGCAACAGCAUAAUGGCAUUUUUAUGUAAUGUGUGUGGUUUGAAAGAAUAAAAGACUAAACCAUUAUAGCUGAACUGGAAAGAAAGUUACAUAUGAAUGUUUUACGAAGAAAGGAAUUAGCUAUACCGGUAAAUCUAGUAUGACUGGUUACUUGAAUGUGAUGUUGCUAUCACAGUACCCAAUUGCUGUCAACUAAAUGGAAAUGAUAUCAGAUCCUGGGACAAACACUACUAUCCAACUAUAAAAACAUAAAGUUAUUAUGUCAUGGUCUGUACAUUGGAAAUUUGGAAAUAAAUAAAAUAUUUGAUAAAUUUUAUGUAAAUAAACCUUAGUUUAAAGAUUAAAAUCAAGUAACAUUAUUUUAAAACAUAAAAAUCCUAAAGGUAGAUAAUGUAAAGUUUACUCAUCUUUGUGGUCAUCAGUAUUUAGAGUGAUAUUCGAUUACAAAACUAUCAAGCAUCUAAGUUUUGUGUUUUCUAGGAUUUUUAUUUCUUGAUGGCUGGACCCAAAGACAUCAUACAGACCCAGCUCAGGCUGAUUUCUAAUUUUAAAUCUGCUCCUUGUAUCUGGUUUCUUGACAUAUUAUACCUGUACUAUAUUUCAUUGAACUUGAGCAUCAGAUGUAAACCAAUCUUUCUUGCCUUAAUUACAGAGUUGGGGUUGUACAUUGUUUUUAUUUGGUUUGUACAGGUUUUUAUUAAUAAUAAUAGUAAUAAAUAUUUCAUUCACCAUUAA